AUGUCCGAGAAAGUCGACGUCCCAUCCACAGCAGACGGCUCAGUCCCAAAGGAGUCGGGUCCCAAGGCCAUCAUCAAGAACGUCGAUAUGAGCGAGGAGAUGCAGCAGGAGAGCGUCGACAUUGCCUCCGCAGCCCUCGAGAAAUACAACAUCGAGAAGGACAUUGCUGCUCAGAUCAAGAAGGAGUUUGACCGAAGACAUGGGCCUACAUGGCACGUCGUCGUCGGCAAGAAUUUUGGGAGCUAUGUCACUCACGAGACAAAGCACUUUAUCUAUUUCUACAUUGGAUCCCUCGCAAUCCUCAUCUGGAAGUCAUGAUCAACCAACCUGGCACCACCGAUAGAUGCCCUCUCCGCUUCACAUACCACAAUCGCUGUACCUUACCGACACUUCAUAUCUCGCUAUGCUUUCUCGCCUUUCUCAAUUUCAAUCGAAUUAUAAUCGAAACAGUCUCAAAUGAGUGUAUGCCGGGUGCUAGUAAGAGUGUAAGCCUAAAAUGAUUAUCAACAAGAGUGCCUCCCCCGCUGUUCAACAGACGAUCACCGCCUUGGAAUCACUUCCAGAAUGACCUUUGAAACCAGCUCCUUGUCCGCAUAUACCCCAACAGUCAGCAUUCCUAGAUCUCGAGAUAAGGCUAUACCGGUGAAGUCUACCAUGCCUUUCACCGCGUUGACGUCCACAUGCAAGAAUUUGGGUAUCUCUUGUCCGGACACUUGGGUCACUUGAAUCUUCUGUCCUGUUGCAGGGAUCUGCAGUCGGAUAUGGAAUUUUUCUCCCGUCCGAAGGACAUAUCUCGUCACUUCCUG